AUGAGUUCAGAGGACCAUGUUCAAGUUCCAUCCACGUCUAGCAUACAUUCAACAGGAAAUCAAACAUUACCUGACCAAACAACACCAAUGGAACUUCAUCCUGAUCCUGAGUACCUACUAUCAUCCAUUUCAAAUGCCUUACGUCCAGCAACUCCUCUGGAGUCCACGGAUAAUUUUGACGAUGAUUUUGUCAUACUUCCUGAGGAGGGACAAAAAUUUGAGGAAUGCAGUGGCAGGAGAAUCGUGGACAUCGGUUAUUUUUUCAAGCAAUUGAAAGAAAUGGAUCAUGAAUCAUUAUUUAAAUGCAACAACAGUCAUUUACUAGACUCGCGACAAAUACGUGGAAUGUUUAUAUUUUUAUAAAUAAAUUGACUAUUGUAUACUCUGACAUAAUAACCUAAUAAAUAUGACAUAAUAUCUCAUAACGUAUGUCAAGUAGGCUUGUACUUGAAUAUCAUUCAUUCAUUUAUUUAUGUUUGUUUGUUUGUAAAAAGAAUCUGCCUGAAGUUAGCCAGGGAUUAGUUUACUCACGUUCAAUGCGCGGCCUAUACAUACUAGCAUAGACUUUAAGUCGGGAAUUAGGGAUAGGUAUGGGCUACGGCUACGGGUCUGGGCCCAGCACUAAAGAGCAUCUGUGAGCGUACGGAAGCAUUCGAGACAAUUUGGAAUCGGUAACUAAUGAGGUAAGUAUCGGUAUUCUCUUGUACAAUCAACCGAUAAGUGUGUACAUCAAACUUUAUUCUCAUUUUUACUCAUUCAUACCUACUGAGGUUAAAAAGUGUUUCAAACAAGAUAAUACCGAUACCGAUACCCGGUCAAGUGUACGGUGACCCUUAUUUCUAUUCAUACAAUACCAACUAAGGAA